AAAAUAAAUUUAAAAAAACAUAUUUCGGCUUAUUACAAUUAAUGUAUGUAUGUAUGUAAAUGAACAUUUCAUAAUUAAAAACAAAAAAAAAACUAAAAAAAUAUUAAAUUGAAAUACAAAAUUUAUAAAAUUUAAACGUCCGCAUCAAACGUUGUGAAUUUUUUACAGUGUAUAUAAAAUGUAAAUUGUAGACACUGUAGUGAGAAUUUGAAAACAAAAUAAUAAUAAUAAUACAUUAAUACUCACACUUUAGUGACAACAAAAACAACAAAAACGUAGAAAUACCCCUCAAGUAACUUAACAGCCAACAAAACGUAGCGGCACAUAGAAAACAGCCAAAGCGCGUAGAAGAGUAGUAGUAGAAGGGGCGAAGAAAAAAACAACAACAAAACCACAAAAACAAAUUUAAGCGAGAAAACGUAAACAAAUUGGAAACAUAUUCAAAAUUAUUGGUUUGGACUAGCAGCAAUACUAAUACACAACAACAAUAACAACAAUCACAAUAACGUUAACAACAACACCGACCACAGCAAGCGCAUUAAUGCAAUAAUUAGCAACAACAACAAAUGCAAAGUUCGCGCCGUUAGCAACAUAACCGCAGUAACAGCAACAACAACAACAACAAUAAAUAAUUCAACAAGCAGCAUUCAGCAUCAGCUUCUUUUCCGCGAACUCUGUGCGUAAUUUGUGUGUGUUUGUGUAUGUGUGUGUGUAAGUUUGCAUAAAAAUUUCGUUUCGGUUUUUUGAUAAAACAAAAAGCGCAACAACAAAAAUAAAAACAUAAAACAUCAGAAAAGUUAAAACAAAUAUUUCGAAGCAUUACGAAGAAGUAAAAGAGUGUGAGUAAUCAUAUAAAUUGCAAGUGUUGACAAGUGGCUACAACAAGAAUUGUGAAAAAAAAAUUUAUGAAAAUUGAAAAAACUUGACUUUACACAUCAACUGUGUAGUUGUAUUUGGUGUAAAUUAACGGAUUUUGAACAAAAAGUCAGACGGAUUUGAUUUCGCGGCGAUCAAAAUUAAACUAAAAAGCUUUUCGCCGUGUGCGUUUCGAACGAAUCGAACUCGACGAUAAAAAUAGGACGACGCGUCAUUAAGACCACGUGAGUGUGUGCGAGCAGCUCAAAGGACAAAGGAGAGUAGCAAAGGGUGGAUUACAGCGACAACAAUAACCUUUGCUAUUGCGCAGGCGCAACACACGUGUCGUAGAAUCAAAGCAACUGCGUAGUACGUUCGCGUUUGAGGCGUUCAAGAGGCUUAGAGCAGUGAGCAGCAGCAGCAGCAAGCAGCGCAUUUUGGUGUAGCGCUCAGCUAGCAGGCCAGCACAGCACAACACUACCAAGCCAGUUAAAUGCGAAGAACGCCUAAAAGCAGAAAAUCAACAAAAUUGGAAAAUUCCCUUUGGCAUUAUCAGAAAUUCUUCAGAGAACACAAACAACGACGCAUAGACUUUAUGCAGCAAAAAUUGUAUCGAAAUUUUCAUUUUGGCAACAUUUAUUCGGAUUGCUUUGUGGCAGUAAAACAACUAAAACAGCAACAACAACAAACGCAAACGCAGACGCAGAAGCAUAAUAAUUUAAAGCAAAAGCAAGGGCAAGUGCAAGUGGCAGUGACAGUUGACGAAGUUAAGUCUUCGUUAAAGCAACAAGCGGCGCGUACGAGAGUUACGAGUGCGAGGACGACGUUAGACGCAAUAACAGCAUUAACGAAGCUCAGCAAAUCGGCGACGACGAAGCCGAAUUCUAGAAAAACGGUUACAGUGACGAUCGUGAAAACCAAUAGGCACGGUAAUACGCCGUUAAAGCCUAUGCCGUUACUGACUUACGCUACGUUACGUAUGUCAUUGAGUUUACGCAGCGCAGCGCAGCUGUUAAGGCAAUUUUGAAAGUGACGGAAGAAAGUUAAGUAAAAUAAAAAAGAAAACAACAAAUUUUGGAAGGCAAAAACAACUACUAAAAAAAGUAAAAAAAAAAAAAAUAUUUUUGGCAAGAAAAAAAUAACGGGAUAACAAAUAUCCUCAAAGUCAACAAAAUAACAAGCGCAUGGCUUGAACCCGCCCAGCGGCAUACUUAACACUUUUGGAAAUAGUGUCGAAAUUUUAGUGGCAAGCUUAAUUGCCGCUUUGGCUGCUGGACAACAACAAUUAGCUCCUCAUUUUACGGGGUUAAACAACUAUUUGGCUGUUUUUACAUACACACAUAGAUAUAACUACGUUCUUAGCGUUAAAUUACUUAGUUUUUAUUGUUUCGCGUUUCGGGUGCUUGCAACAAGCAACAGCAACAACAACAUAAGCAAACAUCAUUUGAUUUGUUCGUUAAUAUUAAUAAUUACAACUUAAAAUUAUAAUACAAAAUGGAUCCACAACAACAGUUUUGUUUGAAAUGGAACAGUUAUUCGUCCAAUUUGGCCAUAACAUUCUCAAAUCUAUUCAAAUCGGACGUAUUGGCGGAUGUGACGUUAUCAUGUGAUGGUCGCGUAUUCAAAGCACAUAAAUUAAUAUUGGCCGCAUGUUCGAAGAAAUUCGCCGAAUUGUUCGAAAGCACACCCACAAAUGGACAAUGCGUUGUCAUAUUGGAGGCUACGUCCUCCGACAAUAUGGCCGCACUGCUCGAAUUUAUGUACAAAGGUGAAGUGCAUGUGUCGCAAGAGGCUCUAAACAGUUUUCUGAAAUCUGCGGAAAAUCUGCAGGUCAAAGGACUGUCCACAGAAACUGGCCGUUUGGCCGCACAACAGGCACAACAACACAUCGAUGCAUCGCCACUCGACUCGCCCACCGGCCGACGCAGCAUGCGCAACAGUCUAAGCGGUGCUGGCAGCAGUGGUAUCGGCAGUGCAGUCAGCAGUAUAGGUGGUGGCAUACCCAGUGGUGCCAUUAUCGGUGGCAAUAUGGCCGCUGCAAUGGCGGAACGCAUUAGCAACAGUGGUAACGGUAGUGUCAGUGGUGGUAGUGGUAACGGUUGCGCCGGCAGUAAUAUUAUUAGCGGUCCCGGUAGUGCACAUUGUAAUGCCACAGCCAGCGGUGCUGGUGGAGCAUGUGGUGGUGCUGGUGGUGGUUCGGGUGGUAUGGGUAGCGGCGCUGGCGUUGCGCACCAUUUGAGCAGUUCGAGUGGUAAUCUGAAACAGGAAUGCGAUUCACUGAUGCAAAGUAGUACCGCUGCAGCGCUGGCCGGCGGUAUACCACCCUAUGUACCGCCCAUCUAUCGUCCGAUUUCAUUUGAACCGCCACGCAAACGAGUACUCCGCAGUCCGUAUGCCGAACAUGAGGUGCGCGGCAGUGUGCUACGUGACGGCUCAAAGAAUUCCUCAUCGGAAUGUGCGAGCCCUAUCAGCAAACCGCCCUAUCAUCGGCCGUCGUCGAGUGCAUCGUCGAAUGCACCAACCGAGGCGGACACAAUGCAAUCGGAGCGAACAUCACCGAGCCGUUAUGAGAAUCACAGUCCUGGCGCCACACCUGGUAAUGGCAAUGUGCCGAGCAAUUUAUCCGGCAGUCUAGAACGAACAGUGAAAACGGAACGAAACAAUGGCAGCACACACGAGGCUAACGAUGAUGACCAAAGCGAGCACGACGAAUCGAUUGAUAAUGGAGCCGAAGAUCUGCGAGUGAAAUUGGAAAAUUCCAACUAUUCGCCGCCACCGCCACAGCCACCUACCUCGAACGCAUCAUCCACAACACCAUCCGCCCUUUUGGAGAAUCUUAAGCAUGUCGAAGCUGGUUUGCCGAGCAAUUUGGCAACGUCUAUAGCGCCCGAGGAUAUGUUGAAUGUUUGGAAUGCGACGAAAUUGAAUAAUAAAAACAGUGGCAUGGUCAAUACAGCGGACGGUAAGAAGCUGAAGUGCCUGUAUUGUGAUCGCCUCUACGGCUAUGAAACAAAUCUACGCGCACACAUCCGCCAACGUCAUCAAGGCAUUCGCGUCCAUUGUCCCUUCUGUUCGCGCACCUUCACCCGCAACAACACCGUGCGUCGGCACAUUGCACGCGAACACAAACAGGAGAUCGGCAUGAAUGUGGUCACCGGCGGCAUUGUGCCCGCUUCCGUCGUCACUGCGGCUACGGCGGCGACCGCGAAUCACUCGCAAUAGGAUGCGGCCGCAACAGCGGCAGCAGCAGUAGUCAUGAGUGCGCAGAAGGCAGCAGCAAAACAACGUAAACGAAAAUCUUUGAAAAUGGCAUUAGAAAAGUGUAUGCAACGACGCGACGCGGCAGCUAGCAGUGGUGGCAGCGCUAGCACCAGCAGUAUCGCCGUCGUUGGCGGCAACAGCAGCAGCAGCAUUGGCAGUGGCAAUAUUGGCGAAGCAGCAAACGUCAGCAGUGCCACUGCUGUCGGCGUUAUAGCCAGCACGUCCACACGUGCGGCUGAGGAACGCAAACAACAGCAACAGCAACAACUCGUACAGCAGCAAAUCGAGUUGGAGCAACGAAAACAGCAGCAACAUCAGCAACGUAAGCAGCGUCAAGAGCGACGGCGUCAUAGUACCGCGCUCGGACGCAGCGCUAGCGAAAGCAGCGCAGUGGUGGAACAACACGAGGUCGCAGUGGCGCCAGCGACAGAGGAGGGAGAAGAAGAGCCCGGGACCAAACGUGGUAAGCAAGAGGUUGCAACAACUGUGGAAAGCACCACCGAAGGUGAUACCUCAUUUAUGGAUACCACCGGUAGUAGUUGCGCCACUACGACCACGGCCACCGACACCUCCACCACAAGUACCACCAACACCACUAGCGCCCACGAACGGCACAACAGCACCAUCGAUUCAUCCACCGAUGAAUUGGCUGACACCACUGUGGAACGUUUGGAUACAACCAGCGAAAUCGAAACCGAUACGGAUGAGUCGCCAACAACCACUGGUGCAUUGGUGGUGGCAAAUGUGGUGACACCCAGCAAUGCGGGUAGUGUAAAAGAAGACACCACCACUGACACCGACGCUGAUGCUAAAGAAAAUGUUGCUGAUACAACACCAACCACAACCACAACAACAGUGCUUGCUGCACCAAUUUCAGCCUCUAAUGAGGCUGAGCAAAACCCACCGGUACAAAUGGAAGAAGCUGAUGAAGAACACGAAAGCAAAGACGUCGUGCCCAGCAUCAAGUCCGAAGCUGCUGCGGACGCGGGAACGACUGAAAUGCAGGUGACCACAACACAAACAACAGAAACAGAAACAGAAACUGAAAAUGCUGAUAAUGCUAAUGCCAAAGCAAAACCAACAUCUACAACAACAACAACAAAUGCUGCUGAAUAAAUGUUGUUGUUUGUUAAGAAAAAGUAAAAAAAUGCCAGAAUGUCGAUUGAGUAAGAGUAAGAACAUGAAAAAGAACUAAAGAUUUUCGUUUACGCGCACAUAAGAAGAUGAAGUAGAAGUAGAAGAAGAAAAACAGAGACUACUGUUGCAACCGCUGUUGCGCUCGGAUGAUGUAUGUAUAUUACAAAUUACAACAACAAAACAAAAGUUUAUGAUUAGAAAAACAAAAACAAAAAAGUUAAUAUGCAAAAACAAUAAUUAUAAUGAAUUAAUAAUUAAUAAUUUUAUGAAUUAAUUAUGAAGAUGAUGAUGUUGAAGUUUGCGUGUGUGUUCUUCAUACUUGAGACACACAACAAGCUGCUGUGAGUUAAUUUAAAUUUACAUUUUAUGAUGGAUAAUGAAAGAAAGAAAGAAAACACAAAAAGGAAUGCAAGCGAAGCCGAAGUAAGCAAGAUAUUUAAAGCAAAAAAAUGCAAGCAAUUAGCCUGAAAACAAGUGAUGAAAAGCCAGUAAUUUUUUUUUUUUCGCAAGCACACUGAAGAAAGCAUGAAAGCAAGCAAGAAUUUCAUAUUUUUUUCGUUUUUGUUGAAUUUGUAAAAAAAAAAAUAUUUUUUAUGUAUAAAAGCUUGAAAAAAUCCGUCAAACUUUUGCAAUUGAAUUUUAUGUUCACCGUAAGAAGCUAUACUUGCAAUAAAUACAACAACAAUUGAAUUUAAUUUGUUAAUUAGUGCAAGAGGCAAGCAAAAUAGCCGUUAAAAAGCAAUGCAAUGAGUAACAAAUAAUAAGUAAACAGAAAAAUAUACGACUGAAAAAUAGUUUUCAGGGUGCUACACAGUUAAAUACAGUUAGAGAGUGUACGUUGAAGUAUGAAAAAAUAUAAAAAUAGUUGAAAAUAUAUAUUUUUGCAAGCAAAUAAAUAUUUUUGAAAUGUUUUUUUUUUUUUUAAGGUUAAUUAUAUUCUAACCUAAAAAUUCUCAAGUGGUAGUAAUGAAUUUCGAUUUUAAAUCAUUAAUUUAGUUUGCUUGGCAAUAUAUUUCCUUAUAAAUUUAAUAUUUUUAUUAUAAAAACAUUUGCUACUUAUUUGUUUUAAGUUUUAUAAAAAAAAGCAGUGUUACCAGUGAAUUUAAUUUUUUAUUUUUUUAUAUUUUUUUUAUUUAAUUUUUAUUUUUUUUAUUUUUUAUUUAAUUAUUAUUAUGAAAUUUUUAUGUUUGCAAAAAUAUAUUUUUUCAAAUUUCUAUUUUUUUAACGAAAAAAGCAUAAACAUACAUACCGCCAUGUAUCACAAAAACAAAAAAAUAACAGUAACUCAAAAAGUAUUAAAAUAUUUACUGGAUCGUUUAUAAUUAAUAGCAAACCAUAGAUAAUUUUGAAAGCUCAAAGUAUAUACAGCAAAUAAUGCAUUUUUAAUUAAACAAAAAUAACAACAAAAUUUGCAGAAAAAAAUGAAUGUAAAAGUUUGAACGUUUUUGAUUGGUCUUGAUAUUGAUGUAUAAAUCAGCAGUGUAUUAUAUAUACAAAUAUAUAUAUUUCUUUUUUUAUUAGCAGCAUAGAAAAACAAUUUUUUUCAACAUAACCUAAAAAAAAAUUUUUUUACUUAACAUAACCUCCACAAAUUUUUUUUUUUGCAUUCAAACAGUCAAUAUCGUAAUGGCAAUAGUCCAGCAAGACAUAAGCAACAAAUAGUACCUUAUUUAAAGUGUGAAAUUGUAAAGUGAAACUGUAAACUUUACAAACGCAACAACCGUAACCAAUUGAAGGCAAUAGUUAAGAAAUAAGUUAGCAAACAAACAAUAAAAACAAAACAAUAACUUGAAAUAGGGAAAAUAUUGAAUACAAAAAAGAAACAAGCAAAAAACAGUAAAACAUGAGUCCUAAAAAUUGCAAAGCCAAAUAGUACAAGUUCAACAAAUUUUCCCCACCAUACCAGACAGACGAGACACUCAAGAUGCGCGUCGGUGCUUGGUGGUUGAAAAGAAGGAAGCGCAUUUUUUCAACUAAAAAAGAGAGUUAAUUUUUUUAGUGUGUGAAUUUCCAAAAGUGAUGCCAUUGCAAAUAAUUAAUUAAAGUAGUAUUUUCAAUAUAAAAUUGAAAAAAAGAGUUAAAAAAUUAAAAAAAAAAAUUGAUAAAAAUUUUAAUUUUUGAUUUCUGUAAAACACAAAGAAGUGCUUUUGAAACUUUACAAUUAAAAAAACUUAUUUACAAUUAAAGGAAUGUGUAUGUGUAAUAAUCAAUAGCUUUUGCUUUAUAAUUUACAUAUUUGAUUUUUGUUGUACUUAUAAAUAAUUGAAAGCGAGUAAAAUUUGUUAAAACAUACAUAUACUUACUUACUUCCCACGCCACAAGUGUCAUUAAACAAGAAGCAACAACAACAUUGAAUAUUUCUCAAUACAAUAAAAACAACAACAAACUACAACAACACCGCAAAGCACAAAUAGAAAAAAUAGAAAAUAAAAACGAAAUAUUUAAGAAAAAUACAACAACAAGCGAGACUACAACACACAAUAGCAUAGUUAAUGAGACAAUUAAAUCAAGUUAUACAUAUAUACCGUUAAUGUGCUCAAAUACAAGCCUACAUACACACACAUACAUACAUAAAUGUCACAGGUGUUUGAAUGUGGGAAGUUGAAAGCGUUUGCGCAAGCUUUGAUAUUUGCACAAACAGGCUUGCUAGUGUGUCUCCUCUGUAAGAGAUGUGGCUAGCUAGCGCUUUUUGCUUAAAUAUUCACGUGCGAAAAACGCUCUGACAGCCUCUCAACAACACCUGUGACCCAUAGCAACCGCAUGUACCUGCAAUAUUUUAUGAAAGAAAAGAGUUAAAUGAUACAAAAACAAUGUUGAACAUAAACCUUAUUAGUAAAAAAAAAAUGAUGUUUAAAAAAAAUAGAUUAAAAUAAUAUUAAUUCAAAUGGGUUGGAUAACUACAUGCGGCGGGAGUUCAAGUGGCCAAAACUGAGUAUCAGUUUAACUUUUGCUCAGAUAAUUUUUCAAAAUUUCAAAUUCGUGUGCUUUACAUCUGUACAUCGGUGCUUUAAGCUCACAAAAGCUACUUUUAUAACUUCAAAAUAAUUCAUUUCCAACAUGAGGUCCACACAUGAAGUCACCAGCCUUGCAAAUUAUCCACCUACUUUUCAUUUUUCAUUACAUAACCUUAAAAAACACGCUUUUGGCUUGCAAAAUCUCAAAAUAAUUAAAAUUAAAAUUUAAUUUUUCAUUUAGCACAUUUCGGAAGGCAAAAUUCUCAUAAUUUUUUUUUUUAUAAAACAAACCAUCUCAGUUAAAAGGUUAGGUUCUUAUGAAAAAUAAGAAAAAAAAUAAAAUAUUUUUCAUUUUCUAUUAAAGGAUUGGUAAAUUGGGUGCCUAUAAGUAAAAAUAAUAAUGAUAAAUAAACUUUAAAAGAAGUAGUUAAAUUUUUUAUAUAGUAUACGCCUAAAUAAUAUAUACAUAUAUAAAACAGGAGAAGAGUGAAAGAAUUCGAUUAGAGAGCAAACAGUUUAACACAAUAAACCGAGAAAAAAAAAACAAAUAGAAAAUUGAUAAAUAUGAAGUAGAAGAAAAACAGUUUAAAGAAAAUAAACCAUUCAAAAACGUUCUGUACAACUUUUUGUAAAAUGUUUGAAACAAAAAACAUAUAAUCGAAGAAAAAAAAGAACAAGAAAAUGCAAAAACUAAGAGUAAAGAAAAAAUUGUGAAACUGUUGCUUGCAGAAAAAAAAGCAAAAAAAGAUUUUUGAGUAGCUUUCCAAAAAUCUGACCGCAACAACAGUUUCGACAAUUUUCAUUGUACUAUUUUUGGUUCGAAUCAAAAUUUUUCGUUUAGGCACACCUUUGGAAAACAUUUUUCUCUAGUACUGGUUUUCGCAUAACGGGAACAAAACGAGCAGCGCAUGUCAACAAAACAACAACAACGUGUUGACGCUGCUGCAACAAAAUUUCAAAAUUCAAAAUUCAAAAAUUUCAAAAAAUUGCAAUUUUGGCUGAAGUAAAAAAAAAGAAAAUACAUACAAAAACAAGCAAACAACAAUAGCGUUGGAACUAAAAAUACUACUUGCAACACAUUUGGGUUAUUUAUAACUGCAAGCAGGCGAAAUAUAAAUUGUGUUUGGAGAAUAUGAAAAGUGAAAUGUAAAUUGAAGAAGAAAAAGAAAAAGAAAAGAAAGAAAGAAAAAAAUUAGUGAAAGCAAACAGGAUGCUAUAAAAUAAAUUUUAAAGAAAGCAGAGCGAAAGUGUAAGAAAAUUUUGAUGCAAACAAAAAGUUGUUUCAAUUAAUUUAUUCAAAGCGAGUUAAAGCAAUAAAAUGCUUACAAAAUGUAAAUCAUCUUUUAUUAAGCUAAAAAUAUAGUAAUGCUAUUGAAAAUAUUAAAAUUAAUUAAUUUUAAUUAUUAUGUCGGUAUAUUAAAUUUAUAAAUACACAUAUAUAUUAUAAAUAGAGCAAACUUAUUAAAACAAAACAACAAAAAAAAAACAGCAUGAAAUUUGAAAAAAAAAAUUAAAUUUAAUUAUAAAAAAACAAGAAAAAUUUAUGAAAAAUUUAAAUAGCAAACAGAAAUCAUUAAUUUAAUUAAGCAAGCUAGAGCCUUCUAUGUAAAAAAAAAAACAAUUUGAAAGAAAAACCGUGUAUGAGUGUAAAUUAACGUAAAAAAAGAAAGAAAUGAAAUUUUGAUUUAAGGCUAACAGCAAAACAAAAGAAAAAUGAAAAUGAAAAAAUUAGUAAAAUUAUUGUAACAUUUUGCAAACAAAAAAUUCGUAUACUUACAAACAUUUGCUUGAUAAUAAGUAAAAUUUAUAAAUAUUUUGCAACAAAAAAAAAACAGAGAAGAAAAAUAACAAACCAAUUGCAAUAUACAAACAUACAAACAUACAAUAUGCAACUUGUCAUGCAUUUGUAUGCCACACAACUGUGAAAAUGUCAAAAUAGACGCGCAAUAGACUAAUUUUACAACAACAAUAAAACAAACUACAACUACAAGCAGGGUGAUAACAACAACAAUAGACAAUUUACAAACGAAACUUUACAACAAACAA